AUGGACGACGUGGAUGAUAUGAGAGCCGCAACCGACAGCGAUGACGACCUUGACAUCACACAGUCCGUGCGAAAAGAUCUUGGUCAUGAAGACUUCAUCAAAAGAGUUGUAGGCACCCAGACCUCAGACGAAUCCUCAGCGGCCGGAAUCCAUGAUCACGCCGCUCCCACGCGCAUGCGAGAUGCGCUCCAUGAUGGUGAGAAGGUUGACUGGUCCGAAGACGACGACUCGGACGCGUACAAGACAUUCAAGGCCCGCAAAUCGGUCAAGCGCAAGGCAGCAGCUGCUAGUACUCGAAGGGCCAAAGCUGUCGAGAAAGAGAAAGACCUGGUCGGCAAGAAACAGAGGAGGAUCACCAAGGAUGGCAAAGUCAAUGGGAAGGAGAAGCAGUGGGGUGACGAAACCGACGAUGAUCAGUUGAUGGAAUACACCUUGCCAGACUACCUGCAAACUAGGAGAGCUAGGUUCGAUAGGAGAACUGAGAAACUGCAAGCAGCAGGGUUGAAAUUACCCCCGAAGUACGAUGACGUUGACUUCUCAGACGACGAGAGGCUGGAAGAAUUGGCUGAGAGGCCUGACUUCCCUCGAGGGACGCCAGCGGCUCCGUACAAGGACAAGCAGCUGCCGAAGUCGUUGGGCCUGAUACCGGCGCCUAUCGCACAGUGGCUACGAGAUUACCAGGUGGAGGGGACAGCGUUCUUGCAUGCGCUGUUUGUGUAUCAGACGGGUGGGAUACUGGGAGAUGAUAUGGGUCUUGGGAAGACGGUGCAAGUGAUUGCGUUUCUGACCGCUGCGUUUGGGAAGACGGCGGAUGAGAGGGAUGCGAAGCGCAUGCGGAAGAUGAGGAGGGCGGACGCGCCGUGGUAUCCGAAAGCUCUAGUGGUGUGUCCGGGAACGUUGAUUGAGAACUGGAAGGACGAGUUGAAGAGGUGGGGUUGGUGGCAUGUGGAUGUCUACCAUGGAGAUACGAAAGAGGCGGCCCUGGAGGCUGCGGCGAAGGGGAGGCUGGAGAUCAUGAUUACGACUUAUACGACCUACAGGAUGAACAAGAGCGCGAUCAAUAUGGUCGAGUGGGAUGUCGUUAUUGCGGAUGAGUGCCAUCAGCUCAAGGGAAGGAGUUCGGAGACUACGCAGUCUAUGAAUGAGAUCAAUGCUUUGUGCAGGAUCGGGCUUACAGGAACUGCUAUUCAGAACUCGUACGAUGAGUUGUGGACGCUGCUAAACUGGACGAAUCCAGGCAAAUUCGGACCGAUAUCAACGUGGAAGCAGAGCAUCAGUAUACCACUCAAGAUGGGUCAGUCCCAUGACGCAACAGUCCAUCAGCUGAGCAAAGCUCGCAAAACUGCCAAAGCUCUAGUUGAAAAUCUGCUGCCUCAAUUCUUCUUACGUCGAAUGAAGACAUUGAUAGCAGACCAACUCCCCAAGAAAAGCGAUCGAGUCGUUUUCUGUCCCCUCACAGAAACCCAGGCCGACGCCUACGAAAGGUGCAUCGACAGCGACGUCGUCCGCUAUGUCAAGGAAUCCACUCUCGACUGCAACUGCGGCUCCGGCAAGAAACAAGGCUGGUGCUGCCAGCAAUUCCUCCCUGACGGUGGAAAAUGGCAAUCCUACGUUUUCCCAGCCAUCGCCCAUCUCCAAAAGCUUUCUAACCACCUCGCAAUUCUCAUCCCGCAGUCCGACGAUCCAAAAGAAAAACGAGACAAAGAUCUGGAAAUGCUCCAGGUCGCCGUCCCCGACCAGUGGCGCAAGCUCUACCGCAACCCCGAUUCCAUCCUCAACUACUCCAAUCCCGAAUUCUGCGGUAAAUGGAAAAUCCUCAAAAAACUUCUGCGCUUCUGGCACGGCAACGGCGACAAAGUACUGGUCUUCAGCCACAGCGUGCGUCUGCUGAAGAUGCUGCGAAUGCUCUUCCAACACACCACUUAUAACGUCUCCUACCUCGACGGCGCCAUGAAAUACGAAGAUCGCGCAAAGACCGUCGACGACUUCAACAGUGAUCCCGGCCAAUUCGCAUUCCUCAUCUCCACGAAAGCAGGCGGCGUCGGCCUCAACAUCACCUCCGCAAACAAAGUCGUGGUCGUAGACCCAAACUGGAACCCCGCAUACGAUCUUCAAGCCCAAGACCGUGCCUACCGCAUCGGCCAAGUCCGCGACGUCGAAGUCUUCCGUCUCGUCAGCGCCGGCACGAUUGAAGAAAUCGUCUACGCUAGACAGAUCUAUAAACAGCAACAAGCAAACAUCGGCUACACCGCCAGCACCGAGCGCCGCUACUUCAAAGGCGUGCAGGAAAACAAAGACCAAAAAGGCGAAAUCUUCGGGCUUGCAAACCUCUUCUCCUUCAACAACGAAAACCUCGUUCUGAGAGACGUCAUCAACAAGACCAACGUAGCGGAAUCAAAAGCCGGCGUUACGAUCAUCAGCGUUGAUCUCGAUAACCCAAACGAUAAAGAAGCGGGCGACGACCCUCUCUUACCCACCGAUAAAGACGAACCGGACAAUGAGAACAAAGCCAUGUCCCAACUCGCGGCCCUCGUUGUCGACGAGGCGGAAGAAGCGGCCGGCAAGGCGAAACGGAGGAAGGUCCCCGGCGGGGCCAAGAAGAGCGACCCCGUCCAAGCCAUCCUCGCCAACGCCGGCGUCGAAUACAGCCACGAGAACUCCGAAGUCGUCGGCUCCUCCAAAGUCGAAGCCUCCCUGUCCCGCCGCGCCCAGGAGGCCGGCAACGACGUCGACAUGGGCGAUCGGAAAAUCUUCGCCAGCUCGCAAUCCCAACGGCGCGCCAAACGUCGCCGACACCACCCGGCCACCGACGGCGACGACGACGACGACGUCGACGCUUCCGGGCCUGCGGACGGGGAGGUCGAGUGGCGGUACCAUCCGCCGCGGGAGGUCAUGAAGAGGCAGCUGUGCACCAUGGCGACGACGUUUGGGUUUGCCGACGCGGUGGAGUUUGCGUUGGUGGUGGAGGGGUGGACGCAGGCGCAGAGGAGGGAGUGUUUGGAUAAGUUUUAUCGGGGGAGGAGGAGGGGGUUGGGAUUGGAUGGCGCUGGUGCUGGUGCUGGUGCUGGGUGUUGGGGAGGGGAAGAAGGUUGA